UUAUUAACUGUGCCUAAACAAAGCAGUAAUCAGACUCUCAACUCUGAAAGGGCAAAUAGUGUCAAUUUUCUUGAUCUUAGUAAUCAUAUUUCUCGUGCUGAAAAUAAUAAAAAAUCGAAUCAUGAGGUUCUUAAGUGUUAUUACGACCUUGGAAAGGCUUUAUUAAUGCAACUUAGAAUUUUUAGAGAAUCACAUAACGAAAUUGAAUCCAAAAAAUUAGUUAGUAGUCAAUUCCAUAGUGAUCUAGAAAUUGUAAUACCAUCUUAUGAUGCUCAUAUUAUUGAGCGGAUUGAAAGUUUUAGUGCGUCAACUAUUUUAAAUCUAAAAUGGGACGAUAUUAAAAUUAUAACGGAAUAUAUUACAUCACAACUUAACGCUAGCGAAACUAUAAAUAAUCGUGGUUAUAGAAUUAUUGAUGGUGAAUUAAAUCAUUAG